AUGCCUUUCAUUGAGCACGUUUCUGGCAGACUGGAGGGCUUGGCUCUGGAGCAGGUCGUCCCGGCGCUGCAGGACUUUGGUUUCUGUUAUGGACGGGUCCUGGGGGAAGUGGCCGGGGGGGCGGUGCUCCAGCAGGUGAUCGAUAUGCACCGGGCCGGGCUGCUGCAGGACGGCCUGCCUGGUAGGCUCUGUUCCCGGGGUGCACCGGAGCAGUAUCCGCGGGAUAAGAUCGCUGGGUUGAGCGGGGCGGAGCGCGGCUGCGAGGCGAUCAACUUCCUGCUCAACAUGAUCGAUAAGAUGAUCUCUGUGUGCGCGAGCCGGCUGGAGAGCAAGAAGAUCCGCGAGAGGUCCAAGGCGAUGGUUGCUUGUUACCCUGGAAACGGGGCAGGUUACGUGAAACACGUUGAUAACCCGAACUCUGACGGCCGCUGCAUCACCUGCAUCUACUACCUCAACAAGGACUGGAGCGCCAAGGAGCACGGAGGCAUCCUCAGGAUCUUUCCGGAGGGGACGUCCUUCGUGGCCGACAUCGAGCCGCUGUUCGACCGGCUGCUCUUCUUCUGGUCCGACCGCAGGAACCCCCACGAGGUGCAGCCCUCCUUCAAUACCAGGUACGCCAUCACUGUUUGGUAUUUUGACUCGGAGGAGAGAGCCGAGGCUAAGAGACGCUUCAGAAACCUGACAGAUUCCUCUCUGAAGGGGACCUGCUGAUGAUGCGUUCAGGGGACCUGCAGAUGAUGCGUUCAGGGGACCUGCAGAUGAUGCGUUCAGGUGACCUGCUGAUGAAGCGUUCAGGGGACC